CAAAAUGAAGACCAGCUAAUAGAAAUAGAAAAUGAACAACUUGAUGAAAUAAGAAUAGAUAGCCAACUUGAAGAUAAUAAAGGUAAUAAAGAUAAUGAUGAUAAUAAAAACAAUGAAGAUGAUAAAGAUAAUGAAGAUAAUAAAGGUGAUAAAGAUGGUGAAGAUGACAAAAGUGUUAGAGAUGAUAAUGAAACAAGAAUAGAUAAUCAGCUUGGUAACAAAGAUAAAUAUAAUUACUGA